CUUUAUUUAUCGUUUAGAGGUCGUUGAACGAACAAAUUUUGAAGAUAUAAAACCCUUCUUUCUAUAUGAUAAAAAGUAGCUAGAGGGACUUCUAUUGUUAAUAAUACUCACGAUGUUCUAUUUGUCUUUUGUGCCAUAUUUCCUGAAGAUUUUAAUAAUAUCAACAUUUUUCAUUGAACAAAAAUGUUCUUUUGAGACGUCGAAAACGGCUUGCAGGGCCUCCCUUAAUUCAACUUGCAGUGUAUCGGAAUGUCCACAAAAUAAAGAAGAGUUUGAAGCGGCUGCGAGACGGAAAAAAUGUCACCAGUUUAAUUACGUAAAUUGCAAACCUCUGAAAUAUCACUGUAUUUUGAAUGAAAAUUUGACAGGAUUAAUUGAAGUAUGUACCCCUCAACGGUAUAUUCAAUAUGGGCGGUGUGCUAUAUUUGAGGAAAGAUUCCAUGGCAUUGGGAUCACCUAUAAACAAAACUGUACCUAUUCUGAUAACCCCUGUCCAUCAAUUUAUAAUUCAACAGAGUCGUAUAAAUAUAGCCAAUGCUUUAAAUUGGUGAAUAAUUCCACUGGAUUAUAUACAAAAACUAAAAAUGACCACUGCAAAGUAAGUGAAAAGAAAACUAGCAGUUUUCCUAUUUGGAUAAUUAUAAUCAUCGUUGUCGUAUUGUUUGUUGUGGCCGUGACAUUUGCACUGAUCUACAUCAUAUGUAGAUACAAAAAGAACAAGAGAAACAAAAGAAGACAAGAGAAAGAGGAUGCUAAAGAUUGUACAGAGGAUAUUAUGCUUCAGGAGUUUGACUCACUCUCUUUAAAAUAGAAAGGUUUCUCAACUGGAUAAAUUUUUCCUCUAAUUUAUUAAUUUAUUCAUUUCAUUCGUUAUUGCAUUUAACAUAUGUUUUAAUAAGAUGCAUUCUUAUUUUUUAAACUUUCUGUACAAUUAUCCUAUUUCAUUUAUUUUACUUUUAAACUUUUUUAUUAAAUUUGAUUAUUUAUUUUAAUUUAUAGAUGCUUAUUGGUACUCAAGUUACUGAUUUAAGCUAUGAACAUUAAAAUAAAUAUCAUUUGUGCAGAGCGGUAUGGAGAAAUUGGAACAAUAACAUUAAUAUUUUUAUUCAAAUAGACAUGUUAAUGGUCUACCUUAUUUGGAUUGCAGUUAUCCGAUACAAGUUAUAUGUAAAUAUAUAAUGUCACCCAACACGAUACACUUAAUGUUUAACUGUUUUAUUUUAAGCUUGAAACUUUAGUUAAAAUAGCUUUAAGUUAUCUUGAAAUGCUUAUUGCUU